AUGGAAUUCAAAGAAAUGGAACUAACUGCACACGUAACCAGUUAUACCAACGAAUGCACUGAAGGUAAACACGACUGUGAUGUAAAUGCUGCGUUUAACAAUACGUUGGCAUCCUACAAAUUCACUUGUAAAGAUGGAUAUGAGGGAAAUAGAACCAACUGCACAGAGAAAAUAUGGUCUGCUAUCAUUUGUGAAGGAGAUAAAAGGACCAUAAGUUGUGAAAAUGACCAAAGAACUAUCGACGUUGUGGAUGCAAAUUAUGGUAGACUGGACUCAAACACUUGCAAUCAUCCCGCAAUUAGCAAUACAAACUGCAAAGCUGAGAACUCUCUAGUCAUUGUGCGGAUGAAGUGCAUCGAAGAAGCUAGUUGCGAGUUCCAUGCAGUUCAUUCAGCUUUUGGUCAUAAUCCAUGCCCUGGCACAUUUAAAUGCCUAGAAGUCAAAUUCAAGUGUGAAUUUGGGUCAGUAGCCAUAGCUAUUUUUGCAUACUGUGAACUGGGAGGAGAAAUGGCCUUGUGCUACCAUUUAGGAGGCAUUUGUUUUAGAAUUGCAUUAGGCGCUAGAUCAUGCGUCCAUUUUCAGUCGAGGGCGUAUUAA